CGACCGCCCAUUUCUGCGCGGGAUCCAACAAGCGCCUCCGUCGCCGAUCUCGCGAGACUCCACCCUGGCUGCGAGAGCCCCUGCACAGUCUCGCGAGAGCCUCUGCAUAGUCUCGCGAGAGCUGGCCUCUCCCGGCGUUGCCUUCCCCAGGUCUCGCGAGCGCGGCGCUCUUUCUCUGCCGGCGCGCACGCUGACAAGAUGCCUUCCAGACUGCGGAAGACCAGGAAGCUGAGGGGACACGUCAGCCACGGGCACGGCCGUAUCGGCAAACACAGGAAGCAUCCUGGAGGCCGUGGUAAUGCUGGUGGUAUGCACCAUCACAGGAUCAACUUUGAUAAAUAUCACCCUGGCUACUUUGGAAAAGUGGGUAUGAGGCACUAUCACUUGAAGAGAAACCAAAAGUUCUGUCCCACUGUCAAUUUGGAUAAACUAUGGACCCUUGUAACUGAGCAGACAAGACUCAAUUAUGCAAAAAACCAGGCUGGACUGGCCCCAGUCAUCGAUGUCGUGCGCUCAGGUUACUACAAAGUCCUGGGCAAGGGCAAGCUGCCCAAGCAGCCUGUAAUUGUGAAAGCAAAGUUCUUCAGUAGAAGAGCAGAGGAGAAAAUCAAAGAAGUUGGUGGUGCCUGUGUGCUUGUGGCAUAAAGGCCUUAGUUUUAUUCAAACUUUCUGAAUAAAGACCAAUGUGUAAAAUGUGUUGAUUUAUAGAA